AUGAAAGUCUCUCACAUGUCACUGCGCAAUUCCUUACGACUUGGGAGUUUCAGCCGUCCAUUCAUCAAGCCAUGUUGUUCACCAGUCUGGUGUCGUCGCAGCUAUAGCGCCUCCAAUGAGCCGCCCAUCGACUUCGAGGCCAUCAAGGCUGAGAUGCUGGGCAGGCCACCCCAGUUAACCUGGACCAUUGUGUCGCCGACCAACUCGACUCUUCUCAGCAUAGCCCUCGCUGACUUCCUACCAAAGAGCUGCCAUGCCAGAACAUACCAGCUGGGCGCUACAUCCGUGGAGAAGGUCAACGGCAGAUCCUCGCUUCCUCCGGGCCACCAUUUUGUAUACUUCCCGCUGCAGAAGACCGCCUCGCAGCUGGGCGCCGAUGGCACGGACCCAUUCCACAGCCCAGGCGGCCCUUUUGUGCGGCGCAUGUGGGCCAGCGGCUCUCUAGAAUAUACCGGUGAUUUCCGGUUGGAUUUUGUACCUGCCCUAUGCAGUGAGCACAUAGAGGCAGUCACCGUCAAGGGUUCCGAGGGACAAGAGAAGAUAUUUGUCGACGUGGUGCGCGAGUACAAGAAGAAGUCAUUAUACAAAGGUCCCGGUGGCACUAAGUCAAUGCCUCUGUCUCGGAUGAUAUUGGAGCGGAGAACUUUGGUCUUCAUGCGAGGGCUGAGCCCGGAACAAGUACGAGAAAACUUGGCAAAGGCUGAGCGAGACAGGGCGAGGGUCGUUCAGGCCCCCAAUGCCCCCGAUUUCUCCAUCACGGUUACACCUACGCCGGGUCUUCUCUUCCAGUACAGCGCACUAACAUACAAUUCCCACUUGAUACAUUACGACACCAGAUUUUGCCGCGAGGUGGAGGGCUAUCCCAAUUUACUCGUCCACGGCCCGCUCCUUGUCACCCUCAUGCUCUCCGUGGUCGGCCGAGAGAUGACCGCGGAGCAUGAGAAGCUGCGCAGUUUCGACUACAGGAACCUAGCCCCCCUCUUCGUUACCGAACCCAUGCGGGUGUGUGUCAGGCUCGCCAGUACCGAGCAAGAUCCGAACUCAGAGAUCCGUACGUGGGAGACCUGGAUAGAGGGUGGGAAUGGGAGUCUCUGCGUAAGGGGCACUGCCGUCAGCGUACGGCUGCGUGUAUCACGCCGAGAUGAACUGUACAGAUCCAAAAGGCCUAAAAUUGGCAUAUUUCCCAACGACCUUAAUCCAGGGGCAACUGAAAACUACUAA